AUGCUGAGUGCAGCCUCGCAGUCGUCAGAAGGCUCCUGGCUUGAUAUCACCAAUGCGAGCUCAAGUGAAGGAAAUGUGAUCAACUGCACUUGGGGCAUCCUUUGCCGCAAUGGCUUUCAGCGGCCUCCAGGAGAGACGGGAGAAGAGUUUUGUGAGAGUGGCUUCGAGUGUUUGCCCACGGCUUCCCAGAAAAUCCCCCGGGAACCAGAGACAGCAGCUGCAGCUACUGAAGCUUUGGCCAAUGCUUCAGAGACAUCACCGCCUCUGACAUUCAGUGAGCCCAAUGUCACUGCCGCCGACAACUCCUCAUCGAAGCCAAGUUCCUUGAGAGGAAUGCACAUAGGUGGAGGUCACAUUGGUCACAUUGGGGGGUUCGGACACCCUGGCUUUCACCCAGCAGUUCAUCCCAGGCCAUUCCGCCCAUACCAUCCAAUUCGCCCUUAUUAUCAUCCUUGGCGUCCUUAUAGGCCCUAUGUGCGCCCAUAUUGGCGGUACCCACGAGUGUGGGGAAGUGCAAUCACAUGCCCUUGUGGUGUCUAUUGCCGAUGGAGAUACCACUACGCUGGUGGACGGCGGGUUUGCAACGGAGUAUUGCUUUGCACUCCAUGCGUGUAA